AUGUCAGAAGCUUCAAAGAAGACGUCUAGAUCUAGAUGUAAUUUAAAGGACAGCGAUGCUGGCCCACCACAGCUGGCUGUUGGUCUUCCAUCCAGAAAAGAUGUUACAACAACAUCGAAACAGCCUGAUCUACCCGUUGACGUUCUACUGGUAACCGUUAAGGACUGUGAGUUCUUAUCCUGUUACAAUGAGCUAACAGAUCCCUACAGAUAUUAUUACAAGGAUGUUGGUUACGUUUACUUCAACAACGUUCAAAGUCAUGAAGAGAAAGUAAAAGUUGCUCUGCUAAGAUGCAAUGAAGGUUCCAUUGGUCCAAGCAGUUCUCUGAUUGCGGUCAAGGAUGCCGCCCUUAUUUUACAACCCAAGGCCGUGAUAUCUGUUGGAGCAUGCAGUGGUCUCAAUCCUGAUAAAACCAAGUUAGGAGACGUUGUUGUAUCAGCCAAACUAACAACAUAUGCAUCCAAAGUGGUGACAAGCGAGCAAGACCAGUGGGCUGGCAUGAGUAGUCACGUUAGCAAGCUGUUCUCAAAAAUAAUCUUGAACUGCGCUGAUGGAUGGCAGGCACCUUUAAAGAACCCAGAAGAUCGUCAGGUCAAAGUUCACUGCGAUGGCGAGUUCUUAAGUGGCCCAGAGCAGAUCAGAGCUCAAUGGCGCCGAAAGGAACUUAUCGACCGCCAUCCCCUCGCGGCAGGAGUAGAGAUGGAGGGAGAAGGUGAGUAGAUGUCUAGUUAGCUUUGAACAGUAGCGUUCUUAUACAGCUGUUUCAAUUAACAUUGUCGUAUAAACAGUAUAAAGGAUUUAAGCCUUCAUCACAAGGACGCAAGGUUAUAUGGGUAGCUUUAGAUCCAUCAGUUGUAAUUCGGUCAUAAAGGUGCGGCUAACAGUACCAUAAGUAUGUAAUAGCAUGAUUUGUAGUGAUAUUUGGCAUAAAUACCACAAGUGAUAUUUCAAAAUUGUUUUCCGUAAUUUCACGAGCCGUUAGGCGAAUGAAAUUUGAGACAAUUUUGAAAUAUCACGAGUGGUAUUUAUGCUAAAUACUAGUAACAGUUGACACUACAGCUGUCCCCGUUCUGUAUAUUGUCGGUCAAUAGUAUCUUGCUGGUUGUGUAGCUCUUUGAAAUAAAACGAUUCAUAAUGAAGAUUUUCACACAUAUUCCAUACAAUAGGUGAGAUAAAUGAUACAGGAAACGCAAGGUCACAUGCACAGUUUCAGCUCGAUUUACAUAGCUUUGAUCAAAACAUUCUCAGUUUCGAGAAUAGUUUAUUCUAAACCAUAAGAAAAGAUUUAAUUAGAAGUUGAAUUUUUCGCUAUUUCUCCGUUUCUCUUUCACUUUUUACAUUCAGUUCAUUUUAUUUGCCGGAAAGUAAGCCCUAGAAAUUAAAAGGACGUUUGAUCGAUUCACUCGCGCAUUCUAGUCUUAUUUGACACUUUAUAACGGGAGGACAUCUGUGAGCAGGGAAUAAGUCAGCACAGAAUUUGAUUGUCGUCGAAUUUCUGUAAUUGUCCAUCAAUCUACUAGUGAUAAGCUAGCCGUUGUUCACUCGUGUUGCUUGAUUUGUGAACUCGUUUCUGGCAGACUCUCCAAGUGUUUAUAUAUACACAGUUAAACGCACCUUAUAAGCUCAUCUGCGCUUAACGAGUGUCUUUUGGUCCAUAACUUUCAAAACAACUGCUCCACAGAAUGUCACUGCGUAACGCAAAAGAGUAUCGAAGUAUGACUGCACAAUAAAUGUCACAAAAUCUACCUGAGCGGUCCCCUCGGGAUUUUCUGUUUUUACGUCAUCCUAACCAUUUCGUACUUGCGGGCGCAAACAAUAAAAACGUCAUCAUUACCUACCGAUUCCUCGCGGCCCCUGUUCGAGCAAAUCGAGAUUUUUUCUAGUAUACUGACUGUAUAUUUGAACUGUAAGUACUGUCCUUAAUAUACGCGCGAGUUACUAGGGUGCCUCCUCGGGAUUUCGCCUCUGGGCGAAAUCCCUGCGGGGGCAAUCACGUACAAAUCAUGCUUUUGUUUGUUUAUUCUACUACCCGCAAAAGGUUUGUAAUUUUCACAUGUAGGUAUUUCAAAGUAAACUGAAAGACAACUGCUCUAAGCAGGAGCCGAUCUAAGCCAAUCAAAUUGCAGAAAUUUCUAAUGUAGUAGUAUAAAAUACUUUAAAACGUCACAAACGUUUACCUUAUGGCUGGGAUUGGUAACGAAAUAUUUAUGAAAUACACUGGAGUCCAGUUUCGAGUUCCCUAUGACCGCUGAAUGAAAGAAGUGAAGAAGCAUUUUUUAUAGGGUUAGGCUCCACCAAAAGUAAAUAUACUCUCAAAUCCAACGAGAGGGAAGACCUGUUUGUUAUUCUGUUUAUUGUGUAUUCUUAAAUUUCAAACACUUACUUGCCGAAAUUUGUGAAUAUUUUACUUUAUGUCGAGGCUAACGCUCUAUGAAUGUGUCGUUAAUGUUUGUAUUCAGCGGUAACUGAUUUUGAAUUCGAUAAAGGACUAUUAGCCGUACUGCUCUGCAGUCUCAGCAGGUAGGCUUUUUGACAUCUGUUUUGGGAUACAUGUAUAACUCAAAGUUUUUGAAAGAGUAUAACAGGCGCCAGUGUUUUUUAAGAGGAGGGAGGACGCGCGCGCACGGGAGAAAAGGAGAGGAGGCCUCCCUCCCCUUCGCGUGUUUUGCUCGAGCGCUUUAAAAAGUGGACCAAAAAAAGAACUAUUCCCUUCAUGGUAAUUACUUUGAGUAUUAGUGAUCCGAUGUAUUGGAUCAUAAUGUGAAAAUAGGUGUUUACACACUUCACUGCAAUAACUGAUGUAUUAUUGGCGCCAUUUUCGCGCGACAGUGAUAGAGUAAAAUUAAACAAGAAGCGUACAUGUAAUCAUCGCUAAAAUAAAUGGGGGCAUAUGUCUGUUGUGCUUAAGUCUGAUCUGGGAUCGGCUGAAUACGUACGACACAAACAGCUUUCGAUGAAGAUGAAGAACUUUACAGCUACAAACUUAACUUAACGGAACGCCAACGGAAUGUGAAGUGAACAGCUUUUUCGCUAUAACAAUAACGUAAUUGAAUAAAACAUGUUCAUUGUAAGAAAGGUUGCCGUCAGCAAAUCAAAAGAAACGACGUAAAAAUUGUCGUACUUAGCCGUCGUUGGGAUUUGGCAUCCCUUGAUUCGGUGUUUUCUUGUCUCUGGUCAGUUUGCUUCCAGUUUGUAAUCAGAAAGACAUUUUUGUGAAAAUUUAACCGUAAUUAUUGGAAAGAAAGAUUUACACAUGCGUCUAUGUGCAAGGCAAUUAAUUUUUUAGUGUCUUUAGUCCAGAAGACUUGAUUUCCUAAAAAGAAUACUUCCUAAUUGUGUUCCCUAUUUCAGGUGUUUUCACGGCUGCAUUUGAUUCUCAACUCGAGUGGCUUAUUGUUAAAGGGAUAGCUGAUUUUGCGGAUGGUGAGCAAGCGACUGUAGAAAGAUGGGAAGCCUGUGCUAGUGUGAUGGCAGCGUCUCUUGUCGCACACAUUUUAAGUGAUCCUGGUGUUUUUCGCACUUGGCCUCGUUACUCAGGUAUAAAUUCUUGUCAGUUUGGUGUGUGAUGAUUAGGCGCAGGGGUAACAGGCCGAAUUUGCCGUCAGUAAAAGAAGUCUUGAAUGUGUAUUGAGUGAGACAGUGUGGAAGCUCAGAUCCUCCGUUUUGAUAUUCAAUCUUCAUUGCCAAGCGGCGUGAAAUUAGUUAGAAAGAAGCACUCGUGAGGAUUGGCGUCGUUACCUCAACUUUUAGACGCUCAACUUUAAGUCUAGCACUUUGAGAGUUAGACAAACUUUAAGAAAUGUGCGUCGUUUCUGGUCAAAAAUUCAGAUUAUACAUUCUUUCCUUAGCUAUAAAUUGCAUAAUUAUCGACUAAGAGUAAGACACAAAACCCUAAUGAUGUCUUUGGCUGAUUCUUUCAGUAGAUAGUCUCUUUGAGGCUCAGCAUGAUAGUGCGAGGAAGCGGAAGCUAACUGAGAAUCAUGCAGGUAAUAUAAAAACAUUCAAUUUUUAAAAUGUUCUAAUUUUCUUCUUUUCUUCUACCUAUUCCACUCUUUGCUUCACCUUGCUUUUAGUUGACUUUAGGUCAGUUUAUUCUUACGGAAUCAGUCUAUUAAAAGAAGGAAAUGUGCUAGUAAAUACACCCAACUCAAACGCAAAUAUGCUGUUGUCGGCCUACAGCUAUUUUGAUUAACGUUGCAGUAGGAAAGUCUUUGCGAUGAGAUCGCAAAUCAAUAUGGGUAAUUCCAUUUAGUAUAUACUAAAACAGUGGAUAGUGCUUUUCGCGUGCUCUGAUUGGCUACUUAAUCAGUGAAUAUCCUGCACUAUUCACUGAUUCACCUCCAGUUCCUCCGAGCGAGCGACGCCAAACUCGCGUAAGUUGCGAGCAAAAUGCCUUCCCGGUUUGCUGCCGUAACAAACUAAGAAAUUUCACAACUAAUCAAGCAAGCUAUUUCCAAAAUACAUGAAGAAGGUGACGAAGUUCGGUUUGGAAGUUUUAACAGGUAAAGCUUUGUCUUUUUGACUUGAAUUUAUCGAUAAAACUGGUGAAAAAGUUUUUCGUUUACAAAUGCAAAUUAAGCUUAAGUCUUGCGUUACUUUAUUUAGUCGACUUGUUCUAAACAAGCUUAAAACUAAAUUUAAUAUUUUUUUUACAGAAUGAUUUUAAAUACAAAAAGAAUUCACAACUCCUUUUGAAGAAACUUCCCCGCAAGAGCUACACAAACGCCUUUAAAAGUUUUAUUUGUCGCCAAGAAAAAGCGACGACCGCAGCUGUUCGGUCAUCGCGCGCCAAAAUUGUAAUCGUUGGCAACAGUAAAUGAGUUAAAAAUCAUCAUUUUUGUGCUCAAUUAUCUCCCUGUUUUAGUGUAUACUAAAACAAUUAUUCACCUCAGUGUCGGCGGCUAGUAGUGGAUAUUUACAUCGCCGCUUCGCGGCCUCGGUAAAUAUCACUACUAGCCGCCUCCACUUCGGUGAAUAAUUGUUAUAUACAAUUUACCAAAUUCUGAAGAAGGUAAAAGUUUGUGACGUUUCAUAUAUACCAUUCUGUGGAGGCAGGUACAAAAGUCGGACCGGAUCAACUCGGACCGCCAGUCCGGGUCGGAUCAACUCGGAUCGACUCGGACCAACUCGGAUCGAAUAAAAAAAUAAAAAUAAAACUGGACUCGGAUCAACUCGGAGCAAUCAAAAAAAUUAAAUUAAAUCAGCAAAACUGAAAGUUUAACCCAUUUGGAGGGUAAAAAAGGCCAGAUCAUCCUUUUUUUCUCCGUGGCUUUCAGGCGCCAUUUUGUUUUACUAGUGCCAGUUCCUCUCGGAUCAUGUUAUAAGCUCGUGGUUGUAGUUGGACAGUAAAGAAAUGAUAGUUUCAGUCGCCUAGAAUGUAUAUAUUUUCUUAUUUAUUAGACUACCGAAUUAUUUAUUUAUUUAUUUAUUUAUUGAUCGCAUUUAGAUAGUUACCGAAGAGUGUUUGUUUGUUUGUUCCUGUUUUUUUUUUUUUUUCUGCAGGACUUCUGAAACUUAAUUUUAAUGAUACACUAGUGAGCAGCACACAUACAUUUCCAGUGAACAAUUUCAACCUUGGAAGGAGGAGAAACCAUGCUCGCCCAGGACAAAGGAAAUUUCCAUGCCCAAGGCAAGAAUCGAACUCGCAACCCUCCGGUUCAGUGGUUGGAACGUCCGAUAAACAUGUAGUAUUCGGAGGGUCGUGAGUUCAAUUCUCGCCUAGGGUACGAAAAUUUUCGUUGUCCCGGGCGAGCAUGAUUUCUCCUCCUUCCAAGUUGAAAAUGUUCACUGGAAGUGUAUGUGUGCUGCUCACUAGUGUAUCAUUAAAAUUAACAAAAAUAAAAAUAAAAUUAAUUUACGCAACCACGAGUUCGUGAGAAAAAAACAAAAUGGCGGGUGAGAGUUAAGUGAUACCGACUGAUUUUAUUUUUCUUUUUAUAAUCUGAGUUGUUUUUUUUAUGAUCCGAGUUGAUCCGAGUCCAAUUUUAUUUUAUUUUUACUUUUUUAUUCGAUCCGAGUUGAUCCGACCCGGACUGGCGGUCCGAGUUGAUCCGGUCCGACUUUUGUACCUGCCUACUAAGAAGUGAAGGUCUUUGAGGAAGUCUAUUAUGUCCCAUGAAAAUGAUCAAUAAAAUUUGCUUCACUGCACACCUAUCAAACUACUGAAAAUGUAAGAACAACUAUCUUUUUUUUCCAGCUGAGAACAUCCUUCCAUCCUUGCAAAAUUUGCGAUGUGAUGCAGACCAGGUUCGCAACAAAACCAACCUACCAUCUAAUCUGAGAACAGUUGCAGCGAAGGAAGGAUUCUUAGUUUCUGAUAACCAAGCAUCUGGGAACUGUUUGUUCUAUGCACUGUCAGAGCAACUGAAAAGUGUUAAAGGAAUCCAAAUCUCACACAAAGAACUAAGAAACACUUUGGUCCAGUUUCUCAGAGAGAAUGCUAAUCAGGUAAGGUGGCUUAUUAACUUCAUCAUGCUGGGGAAAAAAUGGCAGAGGCCAAAUCCUAGACUAUAAAGCGAAUUUGAUAAUAUCCUGAACCAUACCAUGUUAUGAUUUGGGAACUUUGUUGAUUUGUACCUGUAAGGAUUAGGUGUGUACUGCAAAAAAGAGACAACGUCCAGAUGUUAGAUUCCCGAGGGCUGGCAUCUCUGAAAUAGGGGAAAGUGUGUUAGAGCAUCUGUUUUAUAACUUAAAAUAUCAAUAUAUCGUCAGGCCGAAUAAUUUCUUAAAUAGGGUAAUCACUUGAGAAUGUGUGCUCUGUUUUGCACCGCACAUGAAGCUUUUCUUUUAAAAGACACCCAUCAGUGUUAAAGGAAUCCAAAUCUAACACAAAGAACUAAGAAACAAUUUGGUCCAGUUUCUCAGAAAGAACGCUAAUCUAGUAAGGCAAUGAUGUAGUCCCUAAUUGUAUGUUUAACUUCAUCAUGCUGGGGAAAAAAGGGCACUGAGGCCUUUAGUGUCUCCUAUAAAAUCCUAGACUAUAGAGCCAAUUUGAUAAUAUCCUCAGCCAUACCAUGUUAUGAUUUGGGAACUUUGUUGAUUUGUACCUGUAAGGGAGAAGGAGUGUGCUGCAAAUAAGAGACAAUGUCCAGAUAUAAGAUUCUCCUCAUAACGUUUUAGACUAUACAUGGCCAGUCUGCAGACUACCUUAAGCCUUUAAUUGAAAUGUAUCAAUUAACCAUCACGAACUUUAAGAUCAGGGUCACGUUCACUACUCUGUCCUCAAAAAGCUAAAACUGACAACUAUGGGUGUAGAGCUUUAUCUUUUUUGUGGCAAUGAAAUUGUGGAACUCCCUACCGGAGGACAUUAAGAAUACCAAGACUGUAAUCUGUUUUAAAAACAAGUUGAAAACUCAUCUUUUUUAGAAAGUUUUUUAUUUUAGUAAGCGUUAUGGUGAACUUAAUUAGAUAGGGAUUUUGAUACAUAUAAGAAUGUAUUUACUAUUAUUAUAUUACAUUAGAUUCCCGAGGGCUGGCAACUCUGAAAUAGGGUAAAGUGAAAGUGUGUUAGAGCAUCUGUUUUAAGUUAAUAUAGGGGAGGGACCCCCCCUUAUUUUUAGACCAAACUGAGACUUGAAGGGCCAAAAAAUUUUGAGACUGGCCCUCCCCCCUUAUCUAAGGGUCUGGAUGACUGCGCCCCCUUAUCUCAAGGUCUGGAUUCGGCACUGUAAUAUAUCAAUAUAUCGUCAAUAUAUCAUUAGGAAGAAUUUCUCAAAUAGGGUAAUCACUGGAAAAUGUGUACUCAUUUUUGCGCCAUACAUGAAAGCUUUUCUUUUGAAAGACCACCCAUCAUUAUAGUGAAAAAGUAUUUUCGGUGGUUAUAUAGUUGGCUGUACCUCAAAAUAUAUCUUUUUUUGCAGCAUUUUCUGACCUGUUGUUGUCAUCAGUUUACUCAAAAUUCACUCCAGUUGUAUUCUGAUUCAUCAGCUAAAAUUCACUUGUUUUUUUUUUAGCGUGAUGGAACAUCCUUGUUCAACUUUGUUUCUGGCUACCCAUCAUGGCGUGAAUAUUUACAAAGCAUGGCGAAAGACGGUACCUGGGGUGAUCACGUCGUUCUGUUUGCUGCAGCAAACUACUUUCAAACUGCCAUCCGUAUUAUCAGCAGCCUUGAUCGUGAAAUAAUUGUCCAUUCAGAACACGCAGUUGCUGACACAACCCCUCUUGUGUUGGGACACAUUCAUGAGUUACAUUAUGUUAGCCUUCAACCUAUAAAAGGUACAAUCCUAGUCCUCAUCCCUGUUGCAAUCAGCCCGGUUUGUUUGACUAGUGGGAAAUGUGCUGCAGAUAUCAGCCCUGCACUGCGGUGUGGCUUUUUUCAAGUGCAAUGAGAGUUGGUAACUGCCCUUGCAUGGAUUCUCUUUCUACAAAUCCGGCAUCCUAAUGAGUUUCUUAAUAGUGUAAUCGCCUUUGUCAAUGAGGAGAAGAUUAUUUCUCUCUGAAUUUUCAAUAGUCUUUCCCCACUUCAAAUAUCCUAGCUAUACUCCUAGAUCCUGUUCAGCCGGAUAUUUUUCAGAUUUGCAGACGCAACAAAGUAUGAACUGGCAUGUUUAGCUUAAUGCAGGGGCACGCAGCAACGGUUCCUCCCAAAUGCAUUGAAGCCACUUUCUUAGGCUAUCCAGAGUACUUGUAGACCUUUACAAAUGCAUCCUAAGCGGCGCUGUAAAAUUUGUAUCUGUUCAGUCAUCCUAAGUCUUUUCAAAAUUGCAAGGGCUUCAGUAUUAUUUUCACGAAAAUUUUGGGUGCAAUUUAGCGCAAAACGAAAGUAAAAAUUUUUCUUCAUUCCUCUGUCCAUCACAUUUUUGAAUCCGAAAAAUUUAGUUUUCCUUUUUCCUAAGAAAAAUAGCCUAGCCUGAGGUGUGAAAUGUGAAAAAUUAAACUUCGAAAAUUGUACAUGAAUGGAACGGUCAUAUAAAAAUUUUAGUUGUCCUCCGGGAUUAGAAAAUUCUAGGCAAGAUCUUAUGGUUUUUAGAUCUACAGGUACGAGUUCAUGAUAUGCACCUUAACGACAACCCUUUUAUUGUCAAAUCCUAACAACACAGGCCGAAUUUGCCGUCAGUAAAGGAAGUCUUGAAUGUGUAUUGAGUGAGGCAGUGCGGAAGCUCAGAUCCGAGAUCAAAAGGCUUGUCAAUAUUUUUGUCCGUUUUGAUAUUAUAUCUUCAUUGCCAAGCGGCGUGAAAUUAAGAGUUAGUUUAAGAAAUUGAAAUUUAGGGUUUAAUUGAGGUUCUGGUUCAACACUUUUUCACAGGGACUUUACAAUUCCGAAAAGUAAAACUCUGUCAAAAAACUACAUACACUCUUCUCUCGUUCUAGAUCAAAGACUAAGCGAUAAGGGUAUUUUAAAGCUCUAUUGUCUUUCACACGCGUAUCACUCAAAAAUGUCAGUUUUCAGGUGCUUACGUGACUUAUCAGUUCAAAUAGUAGGGACCUUAAGAUAUCCUGGACGCGCCGGUAAAGAGAACGAAGAAAGCCUGGAGCGAGGACGCCGCCACCUUCGCGGGAAAAACAAAUUAAGAUUUCUUCGAGGGAAACUUGAGGGUAUGAUCGGAGUCAGGUUAUCAGCUAUUUGUUGCCAGACUUUUUCGCUUUCCGUUGUUCUAGAUCUUGCUUUAAAACGAUAUGGUUCUGUUAUGAGAACUUCCUGUACUAAGGCGAGAUUUUGAUCUUCAGACCGCUCCAUCGCUGAAAGUGAACAAAAUAAAAUUAUAAAAGUUAAUAAAUGAACCAUGGCGUCUUGUUCAAGAUCUCAAUUUUCUCCGACAUGUUCAAGUUUAUUACAAGCCUAGAUUUUUGUUUUCCAACAAUUUUUAUUCGACUUCUCGUCUCUUAAAUUUUUCAAAUACUAUCCUAAAGCGAAAACGUUGUCCCCUUAAAAACAAGCAGUUAUAGUGUUACAUUUGUGUCGAAAGACUCAGCGCUUUCAUUCUCAGUUGUCGCCAAAACACUGAACCCAAAAGGCUUUAAUUGAUAGCAUAAAAAUAAGAGUCAAUCUUGAGAGAACACCACACUAAAAACACUUAAAUGUGUCUCUUGAAGUAAAAUGGAUCGAAAAUCCUGUACGAAAAGCAAUUUCGGCACUGAAAACAUGAAAACCAACUCACCGUUUUACGAGGCGGCCAAACUUCUAGUUUUCACCGUCGCGACUUCAGGUCGACGUUGUGGCAUUAUACUAAUUAGUUCCAAGAAUUGAACAUUUCAGUUCCGGUUGACGUCCUCCUCGGCCGCGUCCAUAGUAUCUUAAGGUCCCUAGUAAGACGAUCGACGCUAAAUAGGCUCGAGGUUCCCUUCAGAGUUUAAGGUCCUACAAAACUAGUUCAAAUUCAAAAAGUUCCGUAAUGUCACGCACGAAUUCUGUCACAGUUGGAAAGAAGCACUUGAGAGGAUUGGGGUCGUUACCUCAACUUUUAGACGCUCAACUUUAAGUCUAGCACUUUCAGUUGAGAGUUAGACAAACUUAAAGAAAAUGUGCGUCGUUUCUGGUCAAAAAUUCAGAUUAUACGUUCUUUCCAUAGCUAUAAAUUGCGUAUCGACUAAGAGUAGGACACAAAACGCUAAUGUUGUCUUUGGCUGAUUCUUUCAGUGGAUGGUCUCUUUGAGGCUCAGCACGAUAGUGCUAGGAAGCGGAAGCUAACUGAGAACCGUGCAGGUAAUAUAUAAACAUUCAAUUUUUAAAAUGUUCUUCUUUCUUUAAAGCUGACGUACUGUACCUAUUCCUAUGCUCGUGGAAUCCGGAAUUUUAGGCUUUGGAUUCUGGAAUUCCAACUUUUGGAAUCUGGAACUCAGCCCAGAAAUCCGGAAUCCCGCAGCAACUGGAAUCCGUAAUUCAAGUUCAACUGACAAGGAAUCCGGAAUCCAGUAUCUGGAGUCCAGAAUCCACAACAUGGAAUCCAUCUAGAUCAAAGACUUUCUUGGAUUACCUUAUAUGGGGCGAAAUGAGCGAAACAUUCAUCAUGAGACGCGUACAGCUCCGCACAUGCGCCUUACAGAGCUGACUUUAAGUCAGUUCAUUCUUUUGUUAGGAAUCACCGUCUAUCAAAAAAGGAAAUUGUGCUAGUAAAUCCAUCCAACUCAACCUUAAAUAUGCUGUUGAAAGUUCAGUUGUUGGUCUACGGUCAGCUAUUUUGGUUAACGUUGCAGUUUAGGAGAGUCUCGAGGAGACCGCAAAUUAAUAUGGGUAAUUCCAUAUAAAAAUCAACCAAACCCUGAAGAAGGUAAAAGUUUGUGACGUUUUAUACCAUUCUGUAGCACUGUCAUUUAGUGUCAACCCCGAACGUUUGACCAAAUCACAAAGAAUUUACAGUUACCCACGUGACCUUGCAGUCUUGUGGAGUAUGCAUGAGGACUUGAAGUACGACAACGUUAACCGAAAUAAAUGUACAUGAUGCGGCCCGCGUCUCAACCAACGAUUUUUCUUCACCAGGUGCUUUGUGCGACGACCAGAGCUCAACACCAACCAAAAGGGGAAUGUAUACUGUCAGUACAUCUCAGCAAACUGAAUCCAUAAUUCAGCAGCAUCUUGCAGGUAUCUUUCUCUAACAACGCAUGUUGAAAUUGUGACUAAAGUCAGUUUAUGGUAAGGAUCAUGUUAGUAGAGCUUUAGACUGUUCCAGGUCCGCGAAAUUGAGAAAGCGCGAACACGCCCCCUUUUUCAUAUUUCCGCGUGCCUUUCACUUGAGCGCCAUCCCUACUGUCUGAGAGCCUGGAACAGGCUAGUACAGUUUUUGACGAGACUAACAGCAAUGCCCCUAAAAUGCUCAAAACGGUGCGGUAUGGUAUAGUUUUUUAUUUUAAUAAGGCUUCAUUUGAUUUAGGGAAAACUAUAGACACCAAACAGCUUUGUUUUUGCGUUUGUCACUCAACAAACAGAGAGUGAAAACUGAGUGAUACUGGAGAGAGUGACUAAUUUGCGUCGGGGGUCGCGUGCGACACACGCCAAAACUCCUCGCCGUCCACGGUGCUCUGUGUCUAAGUAGCAGCGUUUAAUUUUCUGAAAGAAAAAGAAACUGUUUUGCAGUCUAGGGAAAAAAUGAGCCGACCACAAGCCAUUUUAACAUAAAAAAAUAUACACUCCCACGUACUUUGACUGUUUUGAUUGCUACCAUUAGAAAAAAUCCGUCAACACCACUGGAAAGAACACACUAAAAUCACUUAAGUUGCUAAGUUAAAGAGUGAUUUGUUGAAAACUAACCAAUAUAUAGCUUCAAAAAGACGUUUCUAUGGAAGAGAGCAAGUUCAUUUCCUCCAUACAAAAGUCUGUAAAAUUUCGGGACUUUGUCGAAGAAUAUCCUCGCUCGCUCUAGAUGUAUCGCCUUUAAAGACGCGCAAACCUACCGUGUGGCACGAAAUUUUAGCGGGUUUUAAUUUUUACGAUUUUUCCAGCGAUCCGCAAAGGUAAGUUCCCGCAAAUAAAAAUUACCACAAACGCUUUUCCUGGAAAGUUUACUCCAGAGUAAAUAUUAUCUAACUUUAAUUCGCUACACAAACAAAACAGUACCAAGAAAUCGUUUCUGUUCAAUCACAACUUGUCUCUUUCUUUCAGAAACAAAACGGUAUAGAAAAAAGGCAAUGAAAUAUUGGUUUUUUUUUGUUUGAAAAUAUGUUUUUCUGUGGCACGUUCUCACUUAAAACGAAAAUACAGAAAAUGUUAUCAACGCUGGGUACUGGGUACUUUCUGAAAAUCGCAAAAUAAUUCCCAGCAAGAAAAACCACUCUCUCCAAAUCGCAAAAAUUAGUUUCUGCAAAACACAAAAAUCGCCAAUCUGCACAAAUAAACUCCCGAAAAAAUUUCGUGCAACACGUUAUGUUGGGUUAUGUAAAUAUUUUUUCACAUAAUUCAUACUUCAUCUUAGGAUUAAGAAUCAUUAUUGGUAAUCCCAAAAAGGUCUUUAAAUAGUUCGUUGUGCAACAUUGCAAAAGCAUGAAAGCGCGUCGUAGACGAUGAAGAGCGUGGACAGCUCGUACACUGUAUGACGGUGUUAUUAAACCAAAUGGAUCUUACUUUUAGUCUUUUGUAUUUCCCAGGGGUGCCAAGAACCAUAGAAAGGAUUCGUCAGCUUUACAAACGUCGUGAAGGACGGCUGGUGCCAUUUCCAUGGUGUGAUGACCUUAAUUUCAACCUGAAUAAGAUUUUCACCCGACUGAAGAUCGUGAACAGAGAAAAAACACGAGGAACGUUGACCGAUGAUGAAAUCACCAACAUGACUGCUAUCUUUAGACCCCACCCUGAUUGCCAGAAACCGCGGAUUCUUUUGAUCGAAGGAGAACCUGGCAUAGGAAAAACCACCUACACGCAGAAACUGGCCUACGACUGGGCAAAUAAACAAGAUGAAUGGGACACGUCUUUUCCAUCAUUUGAAGUGCUGCUCUUGCUUAGAUGUAACGAUGUUAAAUCUGACAUCUGGGAAGCUAUUGACGACCAACUUCUUCCAGAUGAUAUUGACCCAGAGGCGAAGGAGAAUUUUUUCAAAUACAUCCGAGACAAUCAGGCCAAAUGUCUGCUUUUGCUUGAUGGAUUAGAUGAGGCAGAUUCCUUUAAACUGGACAUGUACUACUCGCUCGUUCACAGUAAACUCCUCCCAGCUUGUCACAUUGUCAUUACAUCUCGUCAUGAGGUUGGAAAGAAAGUAAGGCCAUACUGUGACGCCCUGUGGGAGAUUGUAGGAUUUACUAAAAAGGAUGCGGAAAGUUUUAUCAGAAAGUAUUUUAAAGGCAAGGAACCGUUGGCUGAGAAGCUGAUUAAACGAUUGAAACUUCCAGAGUAUGAUGAUGAUGAUGAUGAUGAUGAUGAUGAUGCUGAUGCUGAUGAUGAUGAUGAUGACGACAACGACGACGACGACGACGAUGAUGAUGGUGAUGAUGAUGACGACGACGACGACGACGAUGAUGAUGAAGAUGAUGAUGAUGAUGAUAAUGAUGAUGAUGAUAAUGAUGAUGAUGAUAAACAUCCACUUAACAUGCUAGGCGAGUUAACAAAAAAUCCACUAAAUACAGCUUUACUCUGUUGUCUUUUCGAGGAUUUCAAAGGUGUUCUUCCAACAAGCAGGACUGAGUUGUACGUAGAAAUUGUUGUCCUUGUUUUGAGAAGAUAUGAAGAAAAAAACAGACUUAAAAGCAGCAAUAAAGACUUGAUUUCAGGUUAUAAGAAAGAACUUUUGCUUUUGGGCAGCUUCGCGUUAGAAUCCCUUCUUAAAGGAGAGUCGUUCUUUGAAAAGGAGGAAGAUACCGUCAAGCUUGUCAAUUUUGGAUUCUUGUCUUUUCAACAAGGUGGCGCCAACCGCAAACCUUGCACGCGCUUUGCAUUUUUACACAAAAGCUUUCAGGAGUUUUUUGCUGGCCUUUUCCUUGCGUUUCAAGUUAUGAGCAAAGAAAGAGACUUAACCUCAGUUGUAGAUGAUAAGAGAUACUUGGAUAAACUGAGACAGGUCUUUUUGUUCAUGAGUGGCAUCAUAGCCUCACGGCGUGAGGAAACUGCAGUGUCGUUGUUUAUUGUCAUUGCUAAAAAAAUCAGCUCUGCCGAAGACCGUAAAUCAUAUAUGAGUUUAGCCUGUGAGUGUUUGUUGGAAUGUUCAAGUGUUAAGGAAAGCCUUAAAACUCGCUUAGUUUGUAGUUUAGGUAAGCACCUUGACAUGUCGUCGCUGACUAAAGUGGAUUUUGGCUACACAAGGAUACACGAUGCUGGUGCUGCUGCGAUUUCCAUGGCCCUCACAGUAAACUCCUCCCUGACUAGUUUGGAGUUAGGUGGUAACAGAAUUAGGGAAGCCGGUGCUUCUUCUCUUUCUCAGGCCCUCAGAACAAACUCCUCUCUGACUAGUUUGGAUUUAAGUUUGAACAGUAUUGGCGACGCCGGUGCUUCCUCUCUUUUUCAGUCCCUCACAGCAAACUCCUCCCUGACUAGUUUGCAUUUAGGUGGUAACAGUAUUGGCGAGGCCGGUGCUUCUUCUCUUUUUCAGGCCCUCACAGUAAACUCCUCCCUGACUAGUUUGGAUUUAAGUGAUAACAGUAUUGGGGACGCCGGUGCUUCUUCUCUUUUUCAGGCCCUCACGCGAAACUUUUCCCUGACUAGUUUGGAUUUAAGUGGUAACAGUAUUGGGGAGGCCGGUGCUUCUUCUCUUUUUCAGGCCCUCACGCGAAACUUUUCCCUGACUAGUUUGGAUUUAAGUGGUAACAGUAUUGGGGACGCCGGUGCUUCUUCUCUUUCUCAGGCCCUCACAGCAAACUCCUCCCUGACUAGUUUGUAUUUAAGUGAUAACAGUAUUGGGGACGCCGGUGCUUCUUCUCUUUUUCAGGCCCUCAUAGCAAACUCCUCCCUGACUAGUUUGCAUUUAAGUUGUAACGGAAUUGGGGAGGCCGUGGCUUCUUGUCUUUCUCAAGCCCUCACAGCAAACUCCUCUCUGACUUGUUUGGAUUUAAGUGGUAACAGUACUGGGGACGCCGGUGCUUCUUCUCUUUCUCAGGCCCUCAUAGCAAACUCCUCCCUGACUAGUUUGGAUUUACGUGGUUACAGUAUUGGCGACGCCGGUGCUUCUUCUCUUUCUCAGGCCCUCACAGGAAACUCCUCCCUGACUAGUUUGUAUUUAAGUGAUAACAGUAUUGGGUACGCCGGUGCUUCUUCUCUUUCUCAGGCCCUCACGCGAAACUUUUCCCUGACUAGUUUGGAUUUAAGUGGUAACAGUAUUGGGGACGCCAGUGCUUCUUCUCUUUCUCAGGCCCUCAUAGCAAACUCCUCCCUGACUAGUUUGGAGUUAGGUCGUAACAGUAUUGGCGACGCCGGUGCUUCUUCUCUUUCUCGGGCCCUCACAGCAAACUCCUCCCUGACUAGUUUGGAGUUACGUCGUAACAUUAUUGGCGACGCCGGUGCUUCUUCUCUUUCUCAGGCCCUCACAGCAAACUCCUCCCUGACUAGUUUGUAUUUAAGUGAUAACAGUAUUGGGGACGCCGGUGCUUCUUCUCUUUUUCAGGCCCUCACAGCAAACUCCUCCCUGACUAAUUUGGAUUUAAGUGAUAACAGUAUUGGGGACGCCGGUGCUUCUUCUCUUUCUCAAGCCCGCACAGCAAACUCCUCCCUGACUAGUUUGCAGUUACGUCGUAACAGUAUUGGGGACGCCGGUGCUUCUUCUCUUUCUCAGGCCCUCACAGUAAACUCCUCCCUGACUAGUGUGGAUUUAAGUGAUAACAGUAUUGGGGACGCCGGUGCUUCUUCUCUUUCUCAAGCCCUCACAGCAAACUCCUCCCUGACUAAUUUGGAUUUAAGUAGUAACAGUAUUGGGGACGCCGGUGCUUCUUCUCUUUCUCAGGCCCUCACAGUAAACUCCUCCCUGACUAGUUUGGAUUUAAUUGGUAACAGUUUUGGGGACGCCGGUGCUUCUUCUCUUUCUCAAGCCCGCACAGCAAACUCCUCCCUCAAGAAUCUCUUCUUUUGA